AUGUUCAUCACUCCACGGACAUACUCUGCCUCGCAGACUCUGGAUCGAAACUCCACCCAGACUGGUGCCUCGAACCGACUACGCUUUUCUUCACUUACAGGCUGGCAUCCUGACCCCAUUGAUGUCGACCGAGCAAUUGAAAUGCCAUUGAUUCGGCAAGCUGGCAAUGUGCGUGUCGGUGAGGUUGUCAGAUACACGCUGAAAUACAGGCCAGCAGCCGAUGAAAUCCAGCCCCCACCAGCUGCACUGCAUGUGAAGGUAAGGAAUACAUCGGCGAUACCACUGCGAGCCGCAUAUUUACAUGGCCCUUACACCCUCUACGUGUCAUGUUAUCCAUACACCUUCGAUCCCAAUGUUGCGAGUUGCGCUGUUGAUACCGCUGAAAUUCCCCAAUUUGAGCCGUAUCUCAAGGCUGGUGGGACGUGGAUUGCAGUCAUCCCAUUACCGGAAUGUAGCGAGCCGCAAGUUCCAGGGUGCCGCAACUCUCCGAGUCGACAAGAUACAACCUGGAUUAUAGAGAUCAUAUCUCAAGUCGUGUUCUCCAGCACCGCGUCGGUGAACUUUGAAGUCGUUGUUGGUCGCAAUGAAGCGUCAUUGGAUUUCUUACCUUCAAUUGCGCAGUCUUCAGUUUUGACACCCGCCGACCUGCGGGAUCAUUGGCCCUCAGGAUCAGACGGAAAGCAAUUGCUUGCUACCAAAGGCGUGUAUUCGAAAUCAGUCACCCUUCUAAUAGAUGAUACAGCUAGUCUCUGGAAUACCCCACAAUUGUCCGUUUCAAACCGCCAUCAAAGGUCCGAUGAAAUCUUGACGAAUGAGUCCCCCCCAAAGUUCACUAGUCCUGCAGCCGGGACUUUGCAAUCAGAGGCCACAGAAAGGCACUCCAAACCUCGCAGAAAAAUCCAUCUCGUCGUGCUAACUCAUGGAUUGCACAGCAAUCUGGGAGCCGACAUGCUGUAUCUAAAAGAGAGCAUUGAUGCUGCCGUCAAGAAGAACAAACCUUCAGGUAAAUCCCGGACACCAACAAACGAGUCUCCUUUAAAGUCACCAUUUUCGCCAGAAAGCGGCAGUGUUUCAGAUGACCAUGAUUGCCAGAAUGAGGAUGUUAUUGUUCGAGGAUUCCCUGGGAAUGCGGCCCGCACAGAACGUGGGAUACAGUACCUAGGAAAGCGUCUUGCAAAAUACAUCCUUUUAAUGACCUAUCCUGAUCAACCUUAUUUACCACGCAAAAAAUCGAAGUCUAGGACCUUCUCUGGUCCUGUUAACCCCUGCAGAACAUCGGAGUUAAGCGAUGGCGAACCUGAGUGUCUUGAUUUCGACGAAGUUGAAUCGCACAUUGAGGGGUACCACGCAUAUCAAAUAACAAGCAUCAGCUUCAUCGGACACUCUCUCGGGGGACUUGUGCAAACAUAUGCUAUUGCCUACAUUCAAAAACACUCUCCAGGAUUUUUCGACAAUAUCAAACCUAUUAACUUCAUUGCGUUAGCGACACCGUUCCUAGGGUUAAGCAAUGAAAACCCGGUGUAUGUUCGGUUCGCUUUAGAUUUCGGCCUGGUUGGCCGCACCGGACAAGAUCUAGGACUAAGCUGGAUCACGCCAAAGGGUCGAAGUGGAUGGAAGGCCAUAAUUGGUGGGAAGGCACAGCUAUCAAAUUCUGAGGGAAACGCUGAUACUCGGGCGAAGCCACUACUGAGGAUUCUCCCGUCUGGCCCCGCUCAUGAUGCGCUUGCCAAAUUUAAGCGCCGCACAAUAUACUCUAAUCUGGUUAAUGAUGGGAUCGUGCCUCUUCGCACUUCGUGCUUGCUUUUCCUUGAUUGGAAAGGAUUACAACGUGUUGAGAAAGCGAGGAGGGAUAAUGGAAUUGUUGGGACCAUGGCCGAAUGGGGCUGGGCUGAGUUAACAGGAGCAAAUUCGAAGUCUCCAAGAAUUUCUAGUGGCCAACAUGCGAAAAGCAGUUCUAAAAAAGCCGCGAGGACUGCAGGGGAAACAUCGUCUCCGGUGCUGUCCCGGGGAAUCCUUUCGAGCAAAUCGUCAUCAUCGUCAAUACUCUCCUCAGCCGGAAAAGAGCCUGCAAUCCAGGAGAAGCCGCUACUAGCAAAUGGUUUCAUGAAUACCGAUGUGGAUGGUGCCUCAACGCAGUCACCAUCUAGUGCGUUGACCGGCCUGUUCUCUUUGUUCAGGCCAAAGGAGCAUGGGCGCAAGCAAGCUAAAAUCCUUACACGCAGUCAAACGAUCGCUCCUUCGAUAACCCAAGAUCUGAGACAGCAAGAUGGACCCUACUUUGACCAUGAUUCUUAUGAUACUGGCUUCACCGCGCCCCCAAGAACAACUGUAUUUGAAUCAGCUGGUGACAUCCUUAUGCCACCCCUUCCCCCAGUCGACUACAUAGUCAAUCCCGAAUCAAGGCCACGUACGAUCUUGCACGACCGUGUUUACCACCCUAAGGACAUUCCCCCUCCCAUUGUGAACCGGCGCAGUGUAGCGGCACGUACAUCCCAGGUUAGGGAUACUGCUGCAGGUUACGAUAUCGCGGAGGACUUUUCAAAUAACGCGGGGCUCAAAGUGGAGGAAAAAAUCGCUCGGGCUUACCACCGAGGACUCUCGUGGCGAAAGGUCCUUGUUCGUUUAGAACCUGACGCUCACAACAACAUAAUCGUUCGGCGUAUGUUCACAAAUGCCUACGGCUGGCCAGUCGUGCAGCAUCUAGUAGAUGCCCACUUCGGGCCAAGCUCCUCAGACCCAGAGUAUCUCUGCGAAGACAGCCCGGGAGGUCCAGCUCCGGCGGUUGGCAUAGCAGAGAAUGUUAGCCAGAACAUCUGA